UUGCUCUUACCCACCAUGGCCCGAGUCCAAAACAAUCCCGAAUACGCCGACCCUGUCAUCCGCGAGCCUUCGCCGAUAAGCUCGGUGGGCAGCAUUCACGGCCCCGACCAAACCAGCUUGUCGGACAGCGAAGGGCAACUUGACCAAUGGGCCUUCGAGCGGAAGUGGAACGACCGUCUCGAGCUGGGCCGGGCAACGCGUGAAGAAGAGCUGGCGAAUAUUGAUCCGUUGAUUACACGACCAACCACUGCUAUAGAGGAACGAAUUCUCUUCGAGCGGAUCUUGCGCAACCUGCGUGCCAAGAUCGCCGAGCUUGAAGAUGACGAGUUGUUUGAGCAAGCGCUGCUCCGUGGUUCUCAAGCCGGGUUAGAAGACUACACUAUUCCUACCGACAUCGACGCCCUCAUGCAAGGCAUGAUGCUCACCACUAACGCAAGUGGCACAACAACCCUUGGACCAUGGAACCACGGUCCACUCCGCUUCGACACAUCUCUCCACGACACCAACAAUGACCCCCCUUCACCACCACCACCGCGUGCUGCUAAAAGGACAAGAGCUAAGGGGAAAAGUCGCAGAUAG